CUUCCGGUCGCCCUGUUGGAAAUGUUGAGAGGGUUGCCAUUUUCGCCCAAUAUAAAAACCCCAAAUACAGUUUUUAGCAAAUGCAGAACGCACAAUGAGUUUAUUUGCGAGUGCUAAACACCAGAGGAAAAACCACUAGAGUUCUAAAAUGGCAGACUCGGUAAUGAUGGGGAGCGGAUCUUUAAACUCCGGAAGCCGCUCGGGGAGCAGUAAGACCUGCACCAGUCCCACAGAGAACUAUCAGCUGGCUCGGAGACGCACGCUGCAGGUGGUGGUCAGUGCUCUGCUGACCGAGUGUGGCUUUGAUAGCGCUGAGAAAGCUGUUGUGGAGACGCUCACUGAGAUGAUGCAGAGCUAUAUAACAGAAGUUGGACGUUGUGCGAAGGCAAACUGUGAGCACACAGCCAGGAGCACCCCUACGCUGUCUGAUGUGGUCAUCACUCUCGUCGAAAUGGGUUUUAAUGUGGAUACUCUUCCAGUUUACGCCAAAAGAUCUCAAAGGAUGGUUAUAACAGCACCUCCAAUAACAAACGCUCCGGUGGUACCAAAAUCUCUGACGGCUGGACAGAAACGCACUCACCCGGCUCACAUCCCCAGUCAUUUCCCAGAUUUCCCAGAUCCUCAUACAUACAUCAGAACACCAACCUUUCGAGAGCCUGUAUCAGACUAUCAGGUGGUGAGAGAGAAGGCAGCAUCUCAGAGAAGAGAUGUUGAACGAGCUCUCACACGCUUCAUGGCCAAGACGGGAGAGACACAGAGUCUUUUUAAGGAUGACAUCAGUGCUUUCCCUUUGAUCGCUGCAAAACCAAGCCCCAUCCCAUACCUGAGUGCCCUGCUGCCCUCUGAACUGGAGCUACAGUCACUGGAGGAAACGGAUUCUUCUGAGCAGGAUGACCAGAUGGACAAUGAUAACAACACCAGUCACAUCAUGCAGGACGAUUCCGGUGCAGAUAAGGAGAAUGAAGUGCUGCCACCUGGUGGUGUUGUGCCUUCAGGCAAGGCAAAUGAGGAAAACAUGAUUGACAACCCAUAUCUACGGCCAGUCAAAAAGCCCAAAGUGAGAAGGAAAAAAUGAACUUAAUAAUAAAUGAACUCUUCAUCAGACAUUUAUGGUUAUGACUUCUCAGCUCCUUGAAGUUAGUUACCAUAUGAAGAACCAGAGUCUUCAACUGCAAUUCAGAAACAUGCAGCGAUCCAUCAUGUUACUGACAUCUGAUUCUUACUGAAUGAAAAACUGUUCUGUACACGUCAAUAAUAUUAGAUGAAAUUCACAUCACUUACAGUUGAUAUAUAUAUAUUUUUGUUUUGAUUAGACUUCCCUUGAAAUGUCUUGUAGUUUCAACUGUUUUCAACCCAUCAGAAAUGUGACGUUUCUUUUGAUUUGUGUUUGUUAUUCAUUUGUGUAUGGGGUAAUAAAUGUCUUUCAUUGUUUAUUUUUAGCCAUUGUUUCAAAAGGACAAGUUAAAAAUUAAAAUCAGAACAUGGAUGAAUGUGUCCUGUUACUGAAAAUAUUGAUUACAUUUUAUGUACCUGAAACAUCUAAUAUAGGAACAUGACACCUUCAAAAUAUGGUUUCCAGUCAUAUUCUAAAAUGGAAACGAGAAACAAGCGGGUAAAACUUGUCUUUUAAAAUUUUAAUGUUUGUACACUUAAUUCUUCUGGUAGUAUUUUAGUAUCAUCAGUAAAACAAGUGUAGAUAUGCCA